UUCGUAGAAAUAUACCUAAAUUUCUUUUAUAAAUGAAGGCACAACAUCUUCAUUAUUCCUGCAUCUCUUUUCCAGAAACAUGACUUUAAUAUUGCGUUUUUCUACUUCCUUAAUCCACCAUUUAAAUGACACCAACAGCCUCAAAAGCCCAUAUCAAUUCUCAGGCACCAUUUGCUGCGCACAGAUCAAACCAUCAUGCCAUCUCAGAACAAAGACUUCAAUGCCAGAACGGCUCUCUUAUGAGAGAACCUUGACCAUGGAAGGGAGAACUGAAAAAUGGGAGAAGCUCCACAGCUUAUCAGGUGCUCAUAGUAGCAACGACUCUAGGGUGCCCAUAUUUGUCAUGCUGCCACUUGACACAGUAACACUCAGCGGGCAUUUGAAUAGGCCUCAGGCAAUGAAUGCUAGCUUGAUGGCCCUGAAGAGUGCAGGAGUUGAAGGAGUUAUGGUAGAUGCCUGGUGGGGUUUGGUGGAGAAAGAUGGACCUCUAAAGUAUAACUGGGAAGGGUAUGCUGAGCUUGUGAGGAUGGUGCAAAAACAUGGAUUGAAGCUCCAAGUCGUCAUGUCCUUUCAUCAAUGCGGAGGAAAUGUAGGAGACUCUUGUAGCAUUCCCCUUCCUCCAUGGGUACUCGAAGAGAUCAGCAUGAAUCCUGACCUCGUCUACACAGACAGAUCAGGCCGGAGGAAUCCUGAGUAUAUAUCCUUGGGUUGUGACGCAUUACCAGUACUAAGAGGAAGAACACCAAUCCAGGUGUACAGUGAUUACAUGAAGAGCUUCCGUAAGAGAUUCAGAGAUUAUUUAGGACAAGUUAUCGAGGAAAUUCAAGUGGGGACAGGUCCUUGUGGAGAGUUGAGAUACCCAGCGUAUCAAGAAACCUAUGGUACAUGGAAGUUUCCCGGAAUAGGAGAGUUUCAAUGCUAUGACAAGUACAUGAGAGCUUCACUGGAAGCAUCAGCAGAGGCAAAGGGAAAGAAAGACUGGGGAAGAAGUGGACCCCAUGAUUCAGGCCAAUACAAACAAUUCCCAGAGGAGACUGGAUUUUUCCAGAGAGAUGGAACAUGGAAAACUGAGUAUGGACAGUUCUUCCUAGAAUGGUACUCCAGGAAGCUCCUAGAGCAUGGUGAUCUAAUCCUAGCUGCGGCUAAAGGAUUAUUUCAGGGAACAGGAGCAAAACUCUCCGGGAAAGUAGCAGGUAUUCACUGGCAUUACAGAACAAGAUCGCAUGCAGCAGAAUUGACUGCUGGAUACUAUAAUACAAGAUACAGAGAUGGUUACCUACAAAUUGCACAGAUGUUUAGUAAACAUAGAAUCAUAUUCAACUUCACCUGCAUGGAAAUGAGAGAUGGAGAGCAGCCUGAGUAUGCAAAUUGCUCACCAGAAGAACUAGUUCAGCAAGUAAAGAAGGCAACAAAGACUGCUGGAGUAGAACUUGCUGGGGAAAACGCACUGGAGAGGUAUGAUACAGGUGCUUUUAAACAAGUUUUGGCCACAAGUAGGUCAGAUUCUGGCAAUAGAUUGAGUGCAUUUACAUAUCUAAGAAUGAAUAAAAAGCUGUUUGACGCAAACAACUGGCGGCACUUAGUGGAAUUUGUUAGAAGCAUGUCAGAAGGUGGUAACAACCAAAGGCUGGCAGAGGACGAUACACGCAGAACUAACCUGUAUAUUGGCUUUAUCAAAGACAACAAGAUGAAGAUCAGCAAGGAAGCUUCUCUGGUGUAGAGUAGCAAAUGCAUGUACAUGAAAACAGUGCAUUUUUAGUGUAUUAUAGACGAGUGAUAUAGAAGUAAAUAAGGCUCUUUACUUGUUGCCACUGAAGUUGGAGUUAAUUACAGGUUUUACCAGCGAGUAGAAAUAAUUUUAGCUGGCCUUGAAGUGCUUGGAUUUUGUUGGCCUGGGUUGGAGCAGCUUUGGAGCAACGUUGUUCGAAAUCGAUGAAAUUUGACCGUUUGAAGCUAAACGACGUUCUGAACAGAACUUGGCACAGUUGGACCAAGGCCCCACCAUAGUUUUGUCAAAUUCUAUCAUUUCGGACCUCAAAUGGGCAUUUUUAUGUUUUUAGGGAUAAUUUUGCAUUUUACGUUUUAGCUCCUAUUAGGGUUGUAUCAUCUUUUCAUUCUAUCAAUAUAUAAGGAAACCCUAGAGAGUUUCUCUCAAGUUUCGGGUGGAU